AUCCUUCUUCUCCUUCUCCAGCUUGUACACUCUGCUGUUGCUGAAACAUCUCAAUACUGCCGAUUUGGGCACGACGACGGUGAAGUCGAUUUCUGCGUUGGCGUCAGCAUAUUCCACAACCACUCGAGAGCCUCACAUGACCUCUAUCUAAGACUUCAUGUGACUCAAUCCUCAUCUGGCAAAGGCUGGAACGCCAUUGGCUCCGGCCCAACCAUGGCUGGCGCACUCAUGUUCAUAGUGUAUGGCGACCCGCUGUCAGGGAGAGAUCCGACAGUCAGCGUCCGUACCGUGACCAGCAACAGCCAUCAAUCCCCACGGCCAGUAAAAGCCGUAGACACCGGGCUUGCGAAUGUCCGACUCAUGCAAUCCGAGUGGCUUCGGACCAAGGGAGCAGAUGAAGCCGAUGUCUUUGUAGCUUCUGUUGCCGCCGUCUGCUACGGGUGUUCGCGCUGGCCAGGGUCGCCUAUCGACGUCUCGGACACCUCUCACCCGUGGAUCUGGGCGUGGAACGACCGCCAGCAUAUGUCCCGAGCUGACUAUGCCGUGGAUGCCGGUAUGGAGGUUCAUAACUUUGGGGCGGGUGGGUGGGGGCUUUUUUACAUCGACAUGCAGCGCUCGACAGGCCACAGUGCCUCCUCGCCUCAAAUCCAGCCGGGCGUGGCGGCUAUUGGAGCCUCGACGUUUCCUCGAGAGACAUCAACGUUUCUUUCGAACGCAGAGAAUGCAUCCUCAGGAAUAACGUCUUUGCUCGUUGCUCUUGGAAGGUUUGGCCUUGGCCUCGGUCUUGGCCAUCUCCAUGCAUUUUUCAUGACCACAGCGUUUUUGUUUCUUUUUCCUAUGGGUGUGGCAGCUAUUGCACUAGGCUCAUCCAGUUCAUUCCGGUACCAUUGGGUCUUGCAAACACUGGCAUCAUCUUUGGCAGUCAUUGGCGCAAUCGUCGGAGUGAUAAUAAGUCACAGGCAGCCCUUCUGGACCUCUCACCAAGUAGCUGGGAUUGUUAUCCUACUAUUGAUCCUAAUGCAGGCGGUACUGGGACUGAGGCAUCAUUUCGUCUUUCUUCGUAUCAGACAGCGAAGUUGGGUGUCUCACGCGCAUAUCUGGUCAGGCCGGUUUAUACUAGUUAGCGGUCUUGGUAACAUCGUCAGCGGUAUGGCGAUGGCUGGACAUGCGACUGGCGCAGGCAUCUGGCUGGUACUCGUCUUCAUGUUGCUGGGCGCAGCAUCGCUUGCGCUGUGGAUUUGUAUCGCCAGGAGAAGGUCAAGAAUGGCGUCUCCAGGCUUUCCGGAAAAUGCAACAGGAGCGGCAGCGUGGAGACUUGUAGACGCCUCAAACUUUGGCUUAUGCGACGAUAGUGACGGGGAAAGCCCGGAAGACAGCAAAGAU